CAUAAAAUUCUUGAUAACAUCAAACUCAAUUUCCUCAACUGCGAAUUGAUCAGCUUGUGUUUGCGUUUCCUUACAUCAAAAUCCACGCGACCAGAUCAAUUCCACAUACCAUAUACCAUACAUAACAUUCACCAUGGCGGAAGGAGGUGGUAUCGAUCGUCGCGCCGACGAGAAGAUGGAAUUUUCCACUUCGAAAGAGGUCACAGUGCACCCAACCUUUGAGUCCAUGUCAUUGAAGGAGAAUCUCCUUCGUGGUAUCUACGCGUAUGGUUAUGAGUCUCCCUCUGCUGUCCAGUCUCGAGCUAUUGUCCAAAUCUGUAAGGGGCGCGACACCAUUGCUCAGGCGCAAUCUGGUACCGGAAAGACUGCUACCUUUUCCAUUUCUAUGCUUCAAGUGAUCGAUACUGCGAUCCGCGAGACCCAAGCCCUCGUCCUCUCCCCGACCCGGGAACUCGCCACUCAGAUCCAGUCUGUUGUGAUGGCCCUAGGCGAUUACAUGAAUGUUCAAUGUCACGCUUGCAUUGGUGGAACAAACGUCGGGGAAGAUAUCCGAAAACUCGACUACGGUCAGCAUAUUGUCUCUGGUACCCCUGGUCGCGUGGCAGACAUGAUUCGCCGCCGUCAUCUGCGAACCCGCCAGAUCAAGAUGCUCGUGCUCGACGAGGCAGAUGAGUUGCUCAACCAAGGCUUUCGCGAGCAGAUCUACGACGUUUAUAGAUACCUGCCCCCUGCGACCCAAGUUGUUGUCGUCUCAGCUACGCUCCCUUACGAUGUCCUAGACAUGACGACCAAGUUUAUGACCGACCCUGUCCGUAUUCUGGUUAAGCGUGACGAGUUGACGCUUGAAGGCCUCAAGCAGUAUUUCAUUGCUGUCGAGAAGGAAGACUGGAAGUUCGACACGCUAUGCGAUCUUUACGACACCCUCACUAUUACCCAAGCCGUCAUCUUCUGCAACACCCGACGAAAGGUAGAUUGGCUGACCGACAAGAUGCGCGAGGCCAACUUUACCGUCAGUAGCAUGCAUGGAGACAUGCCUCAGAAGGAACGCGACAGUAUUAUGCAAGACUUUAGACAGGGCAACAGCAGAGUUUUAAUAUCGACAGAUGUUUGGGCUCGCGGUAUCGACGUCCAGCAGGUUAGCUUAGUGAUCAACUAUGAUUUGCCCAGCAACCGAGAGAACUACAUCCAUCGUAUCGGUCGAAGCGGUCGUUUUGGCAGGAAGGGUGUCGCAAUCAACUUCGUCACGAGCGAAGAUGUCCGAAUCCUCAGAGAUAUCGAGCUGUAUUACUCAACUCAAAUCGAUGAGAUGCCGAUGAACGUGGCGGAUCUCAUUACUUAAUUGCUCUACAAUGAGUGGCUCCGCUCGGAACUGACGUAGUCAUAGCAGAGUAAUUGAACGAGGUUAAGGGAGUGUCUUGGUCGUGGGAGGAAAUGGGCAUGUUGUCUAGAACGCCGUAUUUCGGUCAUUGUACCGUUCGCUGAAUCCGAUACUUUACCGACUGAGCUAUUACUCGAGUUAGGAGGCCUAUCGAUCCUCUACAGAUACGUGCGUAUGAAACUUGAAUUUAGAGUGCCUAAUAACCAAAUGAAAUAGACUUCUGCAAGGAAAUAUCAACGACGGUGCAUAGUAUGACCCGGGACAAACCUAACGUUGGCUACUAACCUGCGCCUGACCUCGUUUAGGUUAGGUUCGUAAUGAUCAUAUGAAGCUCGUUUGUAGUGCAUGCUCGCUCGAUUAUUUCGAUCAUAAUCACAAUUAUCCAAUACAUCUGACGAGACUUGAAUCAUCAAGGAUGAAGUCUAUAGUUCUACUCAUCUGAUCCCUAAGUAUACAAGUCUCGAGAUAACAUCAUAGGCCUAUUGUAUGUUAAGCGUGUCCAUAAGUCUAAAGCGGUUAUCUAGAUAGG